CGUCCUGCCCUUCUGCCUUUUCUUGUUUUCUGCAUUGCAGUUAAACGCAAAGACACCAAGUCCACCUAGGACCGCGACUUGCGUAUCGAUCGCACGUCGUGUGCACGGAUUAGACUCCUGUUGUUUUUUUCUUUUUUUGCAGUCUAAUCACUCUCUUAACGAAUCUUUGUCUUUCUCUUGAUACCUUGUCUUAAUAAUUCUCAAUGGCUCCCGCUAUGGAAACCGCCGCCCACACCGAAGCGAACAUUCGCUCUGAGAACAAGAAGUCCGUCAAGGUUCUUGAUGAGCUGCUCUCGAAGCUCUCCAUCUCCAAGACCGCUGAGGAGACGAUCGAGACGAGCACCAACAUCGCCUCCUUCAUCAAUGGCCCCAUCGAGGAGCACGAUGCCCCCACCAAGGCUGUUGCCAGUUUGAAGAGCAUGCUCGGCAACAAGAAGGAUGCUGCUGCCCGGGAACGUGGUCUCAAGGCCAUCUACGCUAUCGCUCAGCACUCAUCUAUCUCUCCCGUCGUCGAGCCCUACCUUGUCGAACUUCUCUCCCACACUCUUGCCGCCGUCGGUGACAAGAUCGCUUCCGUCAAGGAUGCCGCUACCGCCACCUCGCUGGCUAUUGUCAGUGCCGUCAAUGCCAACGCCGUCAAGAUCGUCCUUCCUCCGAUCAUCAACUCCAUCCUGACUGCUCAGAAGUGGCCCGAGAAGAUGACCGCUCUGCGAUGCGUUGAGGCUCUCGUUGCCUCCGCUCCCGCUCAGCUCUCCUACCGUGUGCCCGAACUCGUCCCCGUUGUCUCCGAGUCGAUGUGGGACACCAAGGCCGAGGUCAAGAAGGCUGCUUACGGCACCAUGGAGAAGAUUUGCGCUCUCAUCGUCAACAAGGAUAUCGAGCGUUUCAUUCCCGAGCUUAUCAAGUGUAUUGCCAAGCCCGAGAAUGUUCCCGAGACCGUCCACUUGCUUGGUGCCACGACUUUCGUCACCGAUGUCCACGAGCCUACUCUGGCCAUCAUGGUUCCCCUGCUAGACCGUGGUCUGGUUGAGCGUGAGACCGCCAUCAAGCGAAAGUCCGCUGUCAUCGUCGACAACAUGUGCAAGCUGGUCGAGGACCCCAACAUCGUCGCUUCCUUCUUGCCCAAGUUGAUGCCCGCUCUUCAAAAGAACUACGACACUCUUGCCGACCCCGAGGCCCGUGAGAAGACCAAGCAGGCUCUCGACACCCUUGUCCGCGUUGGAGAUGUCAAGGAUGGCAAGAUCCCCGAAGCCUCCCAUGCUGGUGACGUUUCCACCGUCCUCGCUAUCCUCAAGAACCUCCUUGAGGCUAAGCACAAGGAUGCUGUCACCAAGUUCGAGCCGGUUCUCGAAUACGUUUCCGCCAUUGCUGGUCAGCUCAUUGACGAGAAGGAGUCCGACACCCUCGUCUGGACUGAGAACACCAAGGCCUACAUCAACGCCGUCGUUGGUGACGCCGACACUCAGACCAUCGCCGACAGUCUCCGCAAGCGUGCCUCCCCCGGUGCUGAGGAGGAGGCUGAGCAGGAGCCUGACGAGGAGGAAGGUGAGGAUCUCUGCAACUGCACCUUCAACCUUGCCUACGGUGCCAAGAUUCUCCUUAACCAGACUCACCUUCGCCUGAAGCGUGGUCAGCGUUAUGGUCUGCUCGGUCCCAACGGUUCCGGAAAGUCGACCCUCAUGCGCGCCAUCAACAAUGAGCAGGUCGAGGGUUUCCCCAAGAAGUCCGAGGUUAAGACCGUCUUCGUCGAGCACGACCUUGACUCUGCCGACACUGAGCUUACCGUCAUUGGCUGGACUGAGAUGAAGCUCCGCUCCGUUGGUGUCACCACCAGCCGUACCGACAUUGAGAACAAGCUCGAGGAGUUCGGUUUCUUGAGAGAGCAAUUCGAGGGUCCCAUUACUGCCCUCUCUGGUGGUUGGAAGAUGAAGCUUGCUCUUGCCCGUGCUGUGUUCGAGGAGCCCGACAUUUUGUUGCUCGACGAGCCGACCAACCACUUGGACGUCAAGAACGUUGAGUGGCUCGAGCACUACCUGAUCACUUCUCCUUGCACAUCGAUCAUUGUCUCGCACGACAGCAAGUUCUUGAACAACGUCCUCCAGCACGUCAUCCACUACGAGCGCUUCAAGCUCCGCCGCUACCGUGGCAACCUCUCCGAGUUCGUCAAGCGUGUCCCCUCUGCCCGCUCGUACUACGAGCUUGGCGCUUCUGAGAUCGAGUUCAAGUUCCCCGAGCCUGGUUUCCUCGAGGGUGUCAAGACCAAGGCCAAGGCUAUCCUCAAGGCCAAGGACAUGAGCUUCCAGUACCCUGGUACCAGCAAGCCUCAGAUCUCCGACAUCACUUUCCAGUGCUCGCUCUCAUCUCGUAUUGCCGUCAUUGGUCCCAACGGUGCCGGCAAGUCCACCCUGGUCAACGUCUUGACUGGAGAGCUCAUCCCCACUACUGGUGAGAUUUGGUCGCACGAAAACAUCCGUAUUGCCUACAUUAAGCAGCACGCUUUCGCCCACAUCGAUCACCACCUCGACAAGACUCCCUCUGAGUACAUCCAGUGGCGUUUCCAGACUGGUGAGGACCGUGAGACCAUGGACCGCGCCAACAAGCAGAUCACCGACGAGGACGAGAAGGCCAUGGACAAGAUCUACACCAUUGAAGGUACUCAGCGAAGAAUCAUUGGUAUCCACUCUCGUAGAAAGUUCAAGAACUCGUACGAGUACGAGUGCUCCUUCGUUCUCGGUGAGAACGUCGGCAUGAAGAACGAGCGCUGGAUUCCCAUGAUGACUGCUGACAAUGCCUGGAUUCCCCGAACUGAGGUUCUCAACACUCACGGCAAGCUCGUCGCCGAGGUUGACCAAAAGGAGGCCCUUGCCAGCGGUCAGUUCCGUCCUCUGGUCCGCAAGGAGAUUGAGUCUCACUGCGCCAACUUUGGUAUUGACGCUGAGCUCGUCUCUCACUCGCGCAUGCGGGGUCUCUCUGGUGGCCAGCGUGUCAAGGUUGUCCUUGCCGCCUGCUCGUGGCAGCGUCCUCACUUGAUCGUCCUGGACGAGCCUACCAACUAUCUCGACCGUGACUCCCUCGGUGCUCUUUCCAAGGCUAUCAAGUCCUUUGAGGGUGGUGUCAUCAUCAUUACUCACUCCGCCGAGUUCACCAAGGACUUGACUGAGGAAGUCUGGGCCGUCAUGGACGGUAAGAUGACUCCCUCUGGCCACAACUGGGUUACUGGUCAGGGAUCUGGUCCCCGUCUCCAGGAGAAGGAGGAGGGCGACACUUUCGACGCCAUGGGUAACAAGAUCGUCGUCGAGAAGAAGAAGAAGCUCACAGCCAAGGAGCUCCGCGCGAAGAAGAAGGACCGUAUGGCCCGCCGCAAGCGUGGUGAGGAGGUCUUCUCUGAUGAGGAGUAGACUUGUUCUCUUCGUUGAUGCAUGAUGUUCCUUUAAUUUUAAUUGUGUUGUUUCCAUUUUCUGUUCAUUCCUUUUUUUUUUUACCAUGUAAUGCGCACUGGUCUUCGUAUUUACCCCUAGACUAGAUUUACUUCCGUUAAUGUCGUUAUGAUGGAGUCGGUCUGGCAUGGGCAUUACUUUUCGUUAGGCAUUAGAGAGAGAGAAAGAGCUACCUUCACUUAAGCCUUGAAUAAAAAGUACAAUUUUCAGGAGUCAAAACAACUGUGCCAUUCUCUGCCUGUGAUUUCAAUUAUCAUUGCUAUAAAUGUUGCAUCUAUACUAAUUCGUCACAGUUCUCCUGCAAAAGGGAAAAAAAGAAUAUAAAACUUUUCAUGUCAGAAAUUGAUUGCGAAAAUUAUCACAACAGGUC